AUGUCAGCGGAUCUUUUCGCAGAGUUUGCAGCAGAAUCGACUGCAAGUCAAGGGAAGCAACCGAUUUCAAAUGCAAGACCGGCACAACAACCGCCACCAAACUUCAGCUUCUUUGACAGCUUGGACGCAACACCAACCCCAGUGGCUCAGCCGCAAUCACUAUACCAACAGCAACAGUUCCAGAACUUUGUACCAGUGACUGCACUAGAGAACGCAAGCGAUGACAAUGAUGAUUGGGGCGAUUUCGAAGGUGAUUCUGCAACAAUUGAGCCCGCGUCUUCUGCAGGCCAGGACCCGUUCGCAAUCGCGUCAACAUUGACUGCACAGCUACCGCAGAGCACGGGGUCCACGACAACGAACAUCCAAGAUCCACUAGCUUUUGAUCUGAAGCAACCAAGCCGGCCUGACGAAAGGUUAUGGAAGAAAGCGCCCAUAAUUAAAGCGAAGAAAUCAGUAGACCCGAGCGUGUUAUUUGACGCAGAAGACGACUUGGAUGAUGAUGACGAUUUUGGAGACUUUGAGGGUGUCGAUUCAAACGCCGAUGCUCCAGUGGUAGGCCGUCAGUCCUCCGGACUCGUUGACUUGCUCGGGGAUUUGAGUGUAUCGCAGCCCAAGCCCUCGACAUCCAUCGGAACGAGGACUAGUAUUAACAAGCCUACUACACUGAGUCAAUCAACAAGGAAGAAAAGUCGCGGUGGGGCGUUCGGUGAGAUGACGAACCCGAAGCAACCUGGGACGAAAUCAGCACCACAGACAGAAGAUGAUGGUUGGGACACAUUCGAUGAUUGGGAGGCCUCUAUUCCCACAAAGACGCCAGCGAAUACCUCAAAUGCACAGGAAAAGCUCUUCAAGCCUAUGGCUGCACAGACAUUGCCAAUGAGAAACAAGCUUAUGGCUGAACCAGCGACGAUCAAUUAUCUGCAGGGAUACCUCGUGCUCGCAAACGUUGCCGCGCACAUCAUUGCGGGUCGAAAGCUACGAUGGAAACGUGAUCAGCAUCUAUCCCAGGGCAUGCGCAUUGGUCCCGCAUCUUCACGGGCAACAUCAGGCAUGAAGCUCACGGGCAUCGAUAGAGGGGAAAACAUGAAAGAGGAGAGGGAGACUUCGGAUGUUGUGAGAGUGUGGAAAGAGCAGGUUGGACGACUUCGACACGUGGUGUCUGGUACAAACCAAAUCAAGGCUGGGACACUUGGUCUAGUGCCAGACCUCCAGGAGACGAUGCCCGUCAAGACGUUGAAGCAAUCGGAAGGUGGCAUACCCGCACGACAGCCAUGCAUGAUGUGCGGUCUGAAGAGAGAGGAACGAGUCACUGCAACAGACAUGGCCACGGACGACAGCUUUGGAGAGUGGUGGAUCGAUCAGGUCAACAUGCAUCGAGGUGAUGUCGGAACUUCUGGAACCAACACAAGGAAGCUCUUCGACAACGAUGAAUGGGUCAAGCACACACUGGACCCAAUGUAG